AUGGAAUACUGUUAUGAUAACUUGAAUAAAUCCUGCGUCAAAGUUUCUAGGUCUGUUGGGAUGAAAACUGCAUUGUAUUUAAUAAUUUUGCUAAUUGUACUAACAACAAUAUUUGGAAAUCUCCUUGUAAUUGUUUCCAUCUCUCAUUUUAAACAGCUUCAUUCUCCACACAAUCUACUUGUACUGUCUUUGGCCACUGCUGACCUCUUGUUGGGACUGUGUGUACUUCCGUUUAGCAUGAUCAGGACUGUUGAAACCUGUUGGUAUCUUGGAUCUUUCUUUUGCACAGUUUCAAUCUUCCAUUUAGGCUUUAUUGCUAUUGAUCGCUAUUUUGCUGUGUGUGAUCCCUUACAUUACUCAAAAAAAAAAAUAAGCAUUGGAGUAGUCUGCUGUUUUAUAGCAGUUGCUUGGGUGAUGUCAGCUUUUUACAGUUUUGGGUUAAUUUUUCCUAAAGCCAAUGAUGAAGGUCUGGAAAAUGUAGUUCCUAUGUUAACAUGUGAAGGUGGAUGUAUAAUCCAGUUCAAUAAACUUUGGUCUCUGUUGGAUGCCUUGACAUUUGUCAUACCUUGCUUUGGAAUGAUUUGCAUAUAUGCUCAGAUAUUUAAUGUAGCAAGGAAGCAAGCAAGGCAAAUUCAAAGCAGGGACUUUAAAAUAUUUUCUUUGGAUAUAAGCAAACAAAGGGCCAAAAGGAAAAGAGAGCAAAAGGCAGCGAAAACUUUAGGUAUUGUGAUGGGGGUAUUUCUCGCAUGUUGGUCACCAUUAUUUAAUGAUACUGUGGUCGAUGCUUACAAUAAUUAUCAGACUCCAACAACUGCAUUUGAUGGUUUGAUUUGGCUAGCAUACAGUAAUUCUACUUUUAAUCCUUUAAUAUAUGGCUUUUUCUAUCCAUGGUUCCGUAAGGCAUUAAAGCUCAUCAUUACGUUUAAAAUAUUCCAAUCUCAUUCUUCACUCAUACAAUUGUACAAAGAAUCAUUUUGCCAAAGGGUUGAAUAA